UGUGUCCCACGGUUGGUAAUAACGCACAUCAGGUAUGGCGGGUAUGGCAUGGAAAAGCCUGAUUCUCCAAGCAUAAUGCUCUUAUAAACUCCGAAUAAAACUUUCUGGGAAAGACAGGCGCUGGGAAGCUAAGAAAACACCGCCAGAAAUCCUUAGUUAUAUUGUGUGGUGUAAAGAAAUUUGAAUCGUUUUGCCCUUCCGAUGGAAAAGAAAUAUGUGAUCCAAAAAAUUAGAAAGUUGUGAAAAAUCUGCAUUUAUAGAUUAUGGACUGCGAGAUAUCGUUCUAAUAACAUUAAGAUAUUUAGCAGUGAUGGAUAACAUUGGACUUCUGAGUGAAUGUGUCAUAAAAGUAGAGGAGAUCAAAGUGGAAACUGAUGGAGAUACUGAGGAGAUACUUCCAAAUUACACAGUAAGUUAUUUUUUUGAACUUUUAUAA